GAUAUAUAUAUAGCGCUGAAAAACGAAGGCUCAAAACCCUGCAGAUUCUGAAGCAUCCUCGCGCCGAUUAGGUCUAUCUUCUCACCCCAGGGAUCCGAAAACCUUAGCCAUGGCGGAUGUGGAAACACCCGAUGUUGCAGUGGCAGGACAGCCGAAGAAGAGGACGUUCAAGAAGUUCAGCUUCCGCGGCGUCGAUUUGGAUGCUUUGCUCGACAUGUCCACCGAUGAGCUCGUCAAGCUCUUCACUGCCCGUGCUCGCAGAAGGUUCCGGAGGGGUUUGACAAGGAAGCCAAUGGCCCUUAUCAAGAAGCUGCGAAAAGCGAAAAGGGAAGCCCCUCCUGGUGAGAAGCCAGAGCCCGUCCGAACUCACCUCCGAAACAUGAUCAUUGUGCCAGAGAUGAUUGGAAGCAUUAUUGGUGUUUACAACGGGAAAACCUUCAACCAAGUUGAAAUCAAGCCGGAGAUGAUCGGCCAUUACCUAGCAGAGUUCUCCAUUUCAUACAAGCCUGUCAAGCACGGUAGGCCUGGUAUUGGUGCCACUCACUCCUCCAGGUUCAUUCCUCUCAAGUGAAAUCAGAGUCAACUUCUUGCUUUCCUAGUUUUGUCAUAUUUUUACAAGAACUUGGAUGUUGAUCAGAUUUUGUUCUUAGUUUUUGCCCAAUUUUAUAUGCAUUACCUGAGUAGUGUGAUGAAAGCUGGAACAGUUUAGUUUUUUGAAACUGGUGUUAUUAUUAAAAUUUUAUUUCUACUUGUUUCAAUUGAA